AUGGCGGAUACAACGACGUGGAAGCCCGAGGACUUUCCUUGCACACUGCAACUCAACAUCCCUUUCCCCUCCGGCCACUACGCUUCAACCGCCCUGCGCGUGCUCUCUGUCGAUGCCGAACUCUCACCCCUCGUACGUCGCUCGUUCAGUAUUGGUGGUGAUAAAGAGCAGAAUAUCCUUGUCGUAAACUAUGCUGCGACGACAAACCGCAUGCUGCGUGUAGCUGUGAACGGCUUCUUUGAGAGCAUGGGCGUGGUCAUCGGGGUCAUGAAGGACUUGGAUGUUGAUGUGUUGUAUGAGCCAGUGACGGAGAGCUUGGAGGGCGUGCAGGGCUUAGUUGUCAAUGGACAGGAAGGACGAGGGUGA